UAGGACAUACAGUGUCACAUCAGGUCGGCCAAUCAAACGCAGUCUUGUCUCUGAAGAGUGGAGAAAGCAUCUACGUUCUUUUCACUCAACACAGAAAUCUGAACACGAUGGCAUCUCCAAAGUUUGUCUUCUAUCUCACAUGUUUGCUCUUGGGGAAAAUGGCUCAUGUGACCAGUCUGAAUUUUUCUGUUCGUCAACAGAGAGGUUUUGUAUCAGCUAAUGUUGGAAACAGUGUAACUUUGCAAUGUUUCUGUGAAGGUAGUGAUCCAGCAUGGCUUUACUGGUACAAACAAACACCGGGACAGAAACCACAGCUGAUCUCUUCCACAUAUAUGCAUGAUAUGAGAGUCACUUUUCAUCAUGAAUUCAAGAACAAUCCACGCUUCACAGUGGAUAAGGAAAACAGUAACCAUCACUUGACAAUUUUGGAUUUGCGCAUUUCAGACUCAGCUAUUUACUACUGCGCAGCUAGUGCGUCAUACGUCUUGUAUUUUUCGGAGGGCACUCUAGUCAGUGUACAGGAUUCAGGUCUGAACAUCCCGGCUUUGGUCCAGCAGUCAGCAUCUGAGACCGUCCAGCCAGGAGGCUCUGUGACUCUGAACUGUACAGUACACACUGGGACCUGUGAUGGAGAACACAGUGUUUACUGGUACAGAAACUCUGAAGAAUCUCAUCCAGGACUCAUCUACACUCAUGGAGGCAGGAAUGAUCAGUGUGAGAAGAAACCCAACACACAAACACACACCUGUGUCUACAACCUGCCCAUAAAGAGCCUGAACCAGUCUCAUGCUGGGACCUACUACUGUGCUGUUGCCUCAUGUGGACACAUACUGUUUGGAAACGGGACCAAGCUGAACUUUAAAGAUGAGGAAGCCUCUCUUGUCUUGGUGUAUUUCUUGAGUGGAGCUUUGGCAUUCACCACCAUCCUGGUUGUUAUACUGGCUCUAAACAGCUGCCAAUGUGCAGAGUCUCAAGCAAGACUUUCAGCUUCCUCCACAACAAAUGCAAAGGGUUACCAACACGGAGAAACACUCUACAACGCUGCUUUAAGUGUCAACCUGCACAACAGAUCAAGAGGACAGAGGGAUCCGACCUGGAGUGAAUGUGUGUACUACAGCGUCAAGCAGUAGAACCGGACAUUUUGCAUUUGUACUUUUGCGUAAGACAGGGUUUUCUUCGUGCCUCUUUUAAAGUGUAAUAUAGAUGUAUAUCUAAGUUUGAAAUAAAUAUACUUUUAUAGCUUCUUUGUUGUCCUGCAGCAAAAAAUAAAUCACUCUUCUUUGCUAAUGUGCUUAUUUAGGAUACAAUGUUCUUGCAAAUACACCAUGUAUCUAAAAUGAUUCUUUAAUUAUUAAUUAUUUUUUUUCAGAUUAUUUUAGUACAUAUGCAUAAAUGUCUUUUUAUGACUUAUCCAGUGUAUUAAGAAGCUCACAUUCAUCGAUGCUGUAAAAGUCGCUUGCAUGCUUUUAGGAUCAAGAUCAUCCUAUACUUUUUAUCCAUCCUAAUUUUUUU